AUGCGGAGCGGGUGUGUGGUGGUCCACGGCUGGAUCCUGGCUGGCCUCUGGCUGGCUGUGGUCGGGCGCCCCCUCGCCUUCUCGGACGCGGGGCCACAUGUGCACUACGGCUGGGGCGACCCCAUCCGCCUGCGGCACCUGUACACCUCUGGCCCCCACGGCCUCUCCAGCUGCUUCCUGCGCAUCCGCACCGACGGCGUCGUGGACUGCGCGCGGGGCCAGAGCGCGCACAGUUUGCUGGAGAUCAAGGCAGUCGCUCUGCGGACCGUGGCCAUCAAGGGCGUGCACAGCGUGCGGUAUCUCUGCAUGGGCGCCGACGGCAGGCUGCAGGGGCUGUUCCAGUACUCGGAGGAAGACUGUGCUUUCGAGGAGGAGAUCCGCCCUGAUGGCUACAAUGUGUACCUAUCCGAGAAGCACCGCCUCCCGGUCUCCCUGAGCAGCGCCAAACAGCGGCAGCUGUACAAGAAACGAGGCUUUCUUCCGCUGUCCCAUUUCCUGCCCAUGCUGCCCAUAGCCCCAGAGGAACCUGAGGACCUCAGGGGCCACUUGGAAUCUGACGUGUUCUCUUCACCCCUGGAGACUGACAGCAUGGACCCAUUUGGGCUUGUCACGGGACUGGAGGCGGUGAACAGUCCCAGCUUUGAGAAGUAA